AUGGGAGGAACAUUUCAGAACCAAAUAAUAGAUGAUUUAACUUCGUUAAUUGCUGCAAACGAAGAACGCUAUCCUAAUCAGUUUCCAUAUAUAGAUCAGUGGGGAGACGCUGUUGCAGGACAGGCUGAUGAAUUAUUACAGUGUCAAGCUGAAAUGGUUCGCCUGUGUGUGGUGAGACCGAAGGAAAAGGGGAAGUUGAGGUCAGCUCCCAGACGUACCAUAAAAAUAGCAGCUUCAGAGGCAAAAGAGUCAGAGAAGAAAAGGAUUUUUGCCCAGGAUGAAGAGGAACUCUUCAGGCCUCCCCCUCCCUAUGCCUCAGCACCUGUAGGCAUUGUUGUGCCCCAGGCUAUGGGUGCUGCUGCUGUAGCGGACAGUGGAGAUAAGGACAGUGCUGUGGGGAUAGGGGAUCCCCAGGCAACAGGAGGGGCAGUGAGGAGAAAAGAGCCCAAGGAGGGUGGUUUAGGGGCUACGGGAAUUAGGAGAGAAGGGCCAGUAACUAGACGAUUGGGGGUGGAAAGGGCGAAAGCCGAGAAAGAGGAAAGUACGUUGUUGGAAGAAAAGGAAGGACUCUUUCCAUUAAGAGUAUCGGAACAACAGGUGGGAGUGGAUGCCCAGGGGGAUCCUGAAUACCGCCCUUGUUUUCAAUAUAUCCCCUUUUCAACUACGGAUCUAUUGAAUUGGCGGAAGCAUUUUGGUCCGUUGUCCGUGAAGCCCACGGAAAUGACGGAUUUGUUCCAAACCAUUAUGCAUAGUCAUAACCCCAAUUGGCGAGAUAUACAACAGCUGUUAACAACAUUGCUAACAGCGGAAGAGAGAGAGAAAUGUAAAGCAGGAAUGCGGGAGGUUUUUAGAGAACGAUACCAUACAGAAGCAGAUAGGGCUCAGAAACUUUUGGAAGAGGCACCGGAACGGGAUCCUGGAUGGGAUCCCAAAGUAGCCGGUGACCUGGCAAAAAUACAAACGUAUCAAACCUUGAUAGUGGCAGCUCUCAAGAAAGCAGGGAAGCCCCCUGUGAAUUUGUCUAAGCCCUCGUUGGUUAUGCAGGGAGCGGAUGAGAGUCCAGAGGCAUUCCUUCAGAGGUUGAUUGAGGCUUAUGAGUUGUACACUCAAAUGGACCCGAGGGCUCCAGAGAAUGUAAGGAUGUUGAAUGAAAGAUUUAUUGUGCAAAGUGCAUUGGAUAUUCGUAAGAAAUUGCAAAGGUUAGAGGGAGCAUUGGGAAAGAACACCACUGAAUUGGUGGAGGUGGCUAGAAAAGUGUAUGUUAAUAGAGAUAGGGUUGAGAAAAAGGACAAAGAUGACCUACAAGGAGUGUCUGGACAAGUUGUAGGACGUCAAGUCUUAAAACCAGUCACCUGUACUUUUAAGGGGUCCGAAAUUCAACAUGAGUUCUUAUAUAUACCUGAAUGUCCUGUCCCAUUGUUAGGAAGGGAUUUGUUGAGCAAGCUGGGAGCUACUAUUUCCUUUGAUGAGGGAAAGCAGUAUCUCACUGUUAGUCACCGGCCGGAUGAAAUGUGGAGGUUGAUGGUGGUUAGGACUUCUGAGGAAGAAUGUUCGGACGUAUGGAGGGAAUUUGAUGUACCAGGACUAUGGGCUGAGGAUAACCCUCCGGGGUUUGCAGCACAUCACCCCCCUAUUAUUGUGGAAUUGAAGCCCCUGGCAACUCCUGUUCACAUUGGGCAGCAACGACCCUAUUGGAGGGAAGCCAUCCUAUCUAUAUACGACUGUAUUCUAACAUACUUAGAUGCUGGAGUAUUGGUCCCUAUUCAAUCCCCAUGGAACACCCCAAUUCUGCCUAUCCUAAAACCAGACGGGUCUUUCAGACCAGUGCAAGAUUUGCGCGUGGUUAAUGAUAGGACAGUCACAAUUCACCCGUCUGUAUCUAAUCCAUAUACUCUACUCAGUCUCAUCCCACCUAAUGCUACAUGGUUUUCAGUGAUUGAUUUAAAAGAUGCCUUCUUUACUAUCCCCAUCCAUCCUGUUAGCCAGCCAUUGUUUGCUUUUGAAUGGGAAAAUCCGUAUACUGGAACCAGGAGCCAAUAUACCUGGACAAGGUUACCUCAGGGGUUCAAAAAUUCCCCAACUCUCUUCGGAACCGCAUUGGCCAAGGAUUUACAAUAUUUUAUCCCCUUCCAACAAGGAGAUUCGGUUUUACAAUAUGUGGAUGAUGUGCUGGUUACUGGACAGUCACGGGACGGUUGUUGGGAAAAUACGAGACGUAUGUUGUGUUUAUUGUUAGAUUGUGGAUAUCGGGCAUCCAGAAGUAAGGCUCAGUUAGUCCAACAAAAAGUCCGUUAUUUAGGCUAUGAUAUAAUGCAAGGGCAAAGAGCACUAGGCCCGGAGAGAAAGCAAGCGUUGCUUAAUCUGGCAAGGCCAACCGAUAGGAGACAAUUGAGAGGUUUUCUAGGCUUGGCAGGUUUUUGUAGGAUUUGGAUUCCAAAUUACGCACUAAUGGCAGCUCCACUGUAUUCGUCUACCAAGGGAAGUAAAACGGACCCCUUUAUUUGGACAAAGGAGCAGGAUCAAGCCUUUGAUGCAAUCAAAGAAGCUCUGUUAAGAGCUCCGGCCUUGGCCCUGCCAAAUCUGAGUAAGCCCUUCAAUUUGUAUGUGGAUACGCGUAAGAAUGUUGCUUUAGGAGUAUUGACUCAGCAGCUCGGCCAGUGGCAACAACCGGUUGCAUAUCUGUCAAAACAGCUAGAUGCUGUGGCGCAAGGGUGGCCGCAUUGUUUGAAAGCUUUAGCUGCCAUUGCGGAAUUGCUGCAAGAUUGUAAUAAACUCACUUUUUCCUGUCCAAUUAAGGUCCACACCCCACACUCUGUUCAAGCAAUUCUUGAUCAGAAGGGCCAUUUGUGGAUUAGUAACCAACGAAUCAUCAAAUACCAAGCCAUGAUGAUUGAAAACCCCCAGGUUCAUCUAGUGGUUUCUACCUCAUUAAAUCCUGCUACUCUCUUGCCUACGGAAACGGAGGUGGAGCAUGAUUGUGUACAAGUGUUGGAAACCGUUUAUUCCACACGACCCGAUUUAACUGACAUACCUUUGCCUCAGGUGGAUUAUAACUGGUAUACCGAUGGGUCUAGUUAUAUACACCAAGGGAUGAGGGUUGCAGGCUAUGCCAUUGUUGAUGAUGAGGGGGUAAUUGAAAGUGGACCGUUGGGAGCAGGAAAAAGUGCACAAGUGGCAGAGUUGUGGGCCCUCAUUCGGGCAUUGGAACGAGCUGAAGGUGAACGCUUGAAUGUAUGGACAGAUAGUAAAUACGCCUUUUUGACUUUGCAUGCUCAUGGGGCGGUGUACAAGGAAAGGGGCUUUAGGGAUUCAGCUGGCAAAUAUAUACAACAUAGCCAUUUAAUUCAGAGAUUGAUAGAUGCGGUUCAAAAACCAAAAAAGGUGGCAGUUAUGCAUUGUAGAGGUCAUCAACGGGGUGAUGAUAGAAUUGUUGUAGGGAACAGGACAGCAGACGCUGAAGCACGAGCUGCAGCAUUGCGUCAUGAGCCUCUACCAGACAUGUAUAUUAAUGUUGCCUUGGAUUUAGGGGUUAUACCAGUAGACAUCCAACCCUCCUAUUCCUUAACCGAAUGUGAUAAGGCAGUCAACGAUUUGAUGGCGGUCAUCGAUAAGGGCUGGUAUGUUCUUCCGGAUGGAAGAAUAUACGUGCCUUCUACAGUGGCAUGGCAAUUGGUUCGUUCCACUCAUGAAACCACCCAUAUGGGGAAAACAGCUUUGGAAUCCGCCCUUAUGAGGGAUUACUAUAUAGAUGGGUUAGCAGGGAUGGCGGUAAAAGUCGCAUCUUCCUGUGAAACGUGUGCUAAAGUUAAUCCUAGGCAAGGUCCUUCCCUUCCACCGGGAACUAUACCUAUUGCCUACUAUCCUAUGGACACAGUCAUGGUUGACUUUACUGAUAUGCCGCGAAGUGGGUUUUAUCGGGCUAUGUUAGUUAUUGUGGAUUUAUACACGGGAUGGCCAGAGGCGUUCCCUACUAGAACGAAAAAGGCUCAGGAAGUAGCAAAGGUUUUACUUAAGGAGAUCAUUCCUCGAUUUGGCAACCCCUCCUUUAUUUCAUCAGACAAUGGCCCGGAAUUUGUCCAUCAUAUUAAUCGAGCCAUUGCACAAGCUAUAGGGGUGAAAUGGCGCUUCCAUUCUUCUUUCCAUCCACAAUCUGGUUCUCCCGUGGAAAGGAUGAAUAGGACUUUGAAGGAAAGGAUAACCAAAAUUUGUGCGGAAACACACUUAAAGUGGCCCGACGCUUUGCCCCUUGCGUUAUAUGCGAUUCGGAGUGCUCCCAGACGACAACAUAGACUCUCCCCAUAUGAGUUGAUGUUUGGUCGGCCUCCGACGUUAUUACGGCGUAUUGUGAUUCUUGCUUUCAUUGUGUGCAUUAUUUGUAUUGUGAAAUACGCCAACCUGACGGUCCAACGAUCAAUCGGUGGAACGGAUCGGAGAGAUCACGAUGUGUGCGAACAGGAUGCACGAAGGUAUACCGCUCGGUUGGUCUAUUACGCUAUUAGUGAUAUGGUUAUACGGUGUUGGGAGCAAAUGCAAUCUUGUUGA